UUGAUGCAAUGGUGGGCUCUCAUUUUAUACUGUGGUACAAGUAGCAGGUAUAUACACGUACACACAUAUUAAUUAUAUACAUUAUUAAGUAAUAAUUUUCAAUAAUUACCCAAUGUUAUCGUGUUUUAAUUUACAGAUCAAUAACCGUGGGAUUGUGGACCCUUUGUGAGUAUCAUUAUCAUGGGGCCCUGGUGCCUACGUCAAAGUUUGGCGGUCAUAUGUGAUAAACGGUUACACAUAUCACACAGUCGAUUACGGACAGGGCCAACCAACAGUGAACAUCGGGUUAUGUGUUCCAAUCAUCGGUUAUGAUAACUCGGAAACCAAAUUUUUGGGUGUCUUGCAUGAGAUUCUCGAAUUGGAAAUGCCUUCUGCUGGGAAAAAUUUGACAUGCGUUUUGUUCUGCUGCAAAUGGGUCGAUCCAACACGUGGUGUGAGAAAAAAUUCAAAGUAUGAUAUGAUUGACGUCAACUACUCUCGCGUGUAUAGGAAAAAUGAGCCUUUUAUACUCCCUCAACAAGCAGCCCAGGUUUAUUAUGCAGAAUACCCUUCAACCAGGCGGGCGGACACAGAAUCCUUGGGUGUGUGCAUGUAUUGUCCGUCCGAGCAAAAUUGUGUCACAAACUCAACACAAGGACGUUGAUUUAGAUGCUUUACAGCAACAUUUUUUCCAACCUCCGCCGAUUGUUGAGACGAUCAACCAUCACAUUCAGUUAAGUGAUCCAAAUGGCGCAAGUGUUGAAGUCAUGUCAGAAACGCACCUUCCGGACCUAACACCUCCAUAUGAGAAUGAAAUUGUUGAAAUGCAUGAAGAACAACAAAAUGUUCAAUAUCAGGAAGAAGGAGAAUGGAUAGACGUUUCUGAUACAGAAGAAGAUGUUGUAUAUGUAGAAAAUAACGAUUGUGAAAACGAAAAAAAAAAGUGAAGAGAGAGAAUCCCCUCCCACUCUCUAAGAAUCCUGCGUCUUGAAUUUACUUAUGGAAUUCUGGCACCCACCAUGCCAGAAUCAUCACUACUUUCUUGAUGAAGACGGGUACUACGUACCAGUGAUCAAUGACUGGAACAAGGAAGCUAUAUACCAUCAACCUAAAAGGUAUGCGCAACCCCAGGCCAGGCCCUUAAAUAGCAAGCUGACGAACGGAGCAACCUCAUCUAGAGCAGCAGGUACACGCUCCCAACCAAAUCAGGUAAAUCAGAAAUGGCAUAGAGCCAGAUUCUAUCCAAAUAGCAGGUAUCGGAACCCUGUUCAUUUCCUAAGGCAUUACGCAUCAGCUGAAUUUAGACCACCAGUCGGAUAUAUUGCCGAGCAUCAGCGUCAACAGUCAAGGCCUAACCUAUUCGAGCAUCAGCGUCAGCAAUCAAGGGCGCUCUACCGGCCGCAAGCAGGGGAAACAGCCGACGGAUGGCGCAGGGUCAUCUACAGGGGACGGCGCCACCCCUUCCCGAUUAAUCAACAAUUCCCGAAAUACCAGCACCUACAUCCAGAAAAAAAUCGGUCUGCGGGUAACGCCAAUCGUUACCAACGCCUGAGAUUUGAAGAUGACAUUCUUAUCUCCACCGAACCAUUCGAAUCUGAACCCGAAUCAGACAAGUCGUCUGAUUUCGACAUCAACCAGAGAAAUAAGAAAAAUCAAAACAGCAAGGCGAGAGGAAGCUCAAGAAAUCGUCUUGAUCUCUGCGAAGGAGUGACACCAGAACAUGGCGGAGGUAGCAGACGCGAGAAAUCCAUGGCAGACGCCCCAUCCUGCUCUGCGCCAAGCACUGCAGCUGAGAGACCCACCUCCGACAACCUGUACAGAGAGGAGACAAAAAGGUCAGGCUCCAUCCAAGCGCUCACAUGGGCAGACGUGGUAAAGUCCAAUUCGGACAAAAAAAUCACCUCUCAGAAAUAAGCAAGGCAUGUACUGAUCCGGCUCAAAUUAGUAUGCCCGAUGACUUAUUCGAGGUAUCAGAAAAAUUCCAAUUUUUGGAGAGGAAGGUUUUGAUUCUAUCAAAUUUGAAUCAAAGACCUUUAGAUUUGCUGUCACGAAAAUUGAUAUGGUCAUAUUUGAAAUUAAAAAAUCCUCACUACAUAGGAUUAAUUUCAAAAAAGAGCAAGCGCCCGAGAUCUUCACAUUUAUAAACCAUCUCUCCCGAUCAGAUAAUUUUAGGGAAAACAGAAGAUUUGGUCCUAUAACGGUCUCCUCUAAUUGAAACAAUUCAGGGUGGUAUCUGAAGAUUGCUAAGGAAAAGGGCAGCUUCAUUAUAAUCCCCAUGGGCCCAGACAAUUCCAAUUUAAUUAUUUUCAUGACUAUAUUAUCAAAUUUUGUUGGACUGAGUAAUUUAGUGCAGGAGACAGUAAUGGAUAUGCUACAAGAAACCAUGAUUCUUACAGAGGAGCCAAAAUCUAUAUCUAAACUUAUUUUUGAAUCCCAAAUUCGAGAAGCAUACUCAGAGAAACAAAAUUCUCCUGCUCCAGUAGAGCGGCCCUUGCCUGUCCAGGCGUACUCGGACGCAUCCAAUACUUUUUACCAAUCAGAUGAUUCUGGUUUCACGGACGACUUUCUGGGACAUGCCACUGAAAGCGAGCGUCGUCCCCCUAUCUCAACUCCAGAAGAAAUUAAGAAAUCAAAAUUCAACAGGGCGAUCUGCAGGAAAUCCAAGUUUGUCACCUCAGAAAAUUGCUUGCCGACGGAAAACUUAAACACGCAGAUCAAAAUCUACAGGAAAUCCCAGAAAAAUAAAAGGCGACACAACAUGACUACUAGGUCUCAGGCCAGAGAAUUUCCUUGGGUGUAGUUUUAGUUUUUACUUUCUCUGUAUGGUUUUAUUUUCUUUCUUUUAUUUUCUUUUUUCAUUUCUCUUUCUCUGUAGUGUUUACUUUUCCUUUUCAAUAAAAUCCCUCUUUUCUCCAAAAAAAAAGUAGAAAAUAACGAUUCUGAUAGUGACUAAUUGUGUUGUUGUAAUUACAAUUUUUUUGAGUUUGAAUAUUUGUGCUCAUUUCUUCAUCAU